AUGAUAGGCCCCCUAACCUGUCUUGCGCUGCUUGCAGCUGUCGCCGCCGCUGCACCUCAGGAACCUGCUUUUCAAAUUCCAGCCGCCCAGCAUCCUCUCUCUCCCGAUACCUUGACUACCCAACCGAAGCCUCGAAAGCUUCACGGCAGGUUUUUGCAGAUCACAGAUACCCAUCCAGACCCCUUCUACAAAAGACACUCCAAUCCCGAGGAAGCUUGCCAUUCCGGACGAGGCCUGACAGGUCAUUAUGGAGCCGAAGUCACCGAUUGCGAUAGUCCAAUAUCACUUGUGAAUGCUACAUUCAAGUGGGUCGAAGAGAAUUUAAAAGAUGAAAUCGACUUCGUCAUAUGGACGGGUGAUUCUGCUCGACAUGACAACGAUGAUCGGUUUCCUCGUACGGACAGACAAGUCAUGGAUUUGAACCGAUUUGUCGUCCACAAGUUCGAAGAAACCUUUGGGAAGCCCGACAAUCUGAACGAUACAGAUCCCACAAAUGAUUUCGUCUGCCCAAUUGUUCCGACAUUCGGAAACAAUGACAUCCUCCCUCACAACAUUUUUCUUCCCGGUCCAAACAAAUGGACUCGUGACUACGAAGCCAUAUGGGACAAAUUUAUUCCUCAAGAACAAAAACACUCAUUUGCAAGAGGUGGAUGGUUCUUCACCGAGGUUAUACCCAACAAAUUGGCAGUCUUCAGCCUCAAUACGCUCUAUUUCUUUGAUUCAAACUCUGGUGUUGAUGGCUGUGACCUCAAGUCCGAGCCAGGAUACGAGCACUUUGAGUGGCUACGCAUACAACUUCAAUUUCUACGAGUGCGUGGUAUGAAGGCCAUUUUGACAGGCCAUGUACCACCAGCCAGGACUGCAAACAAACAGAGUUGGGACGAAAGCUGUCAUCAGAAGUUUACUUUGUGGUUGCACCAGUACAGAGACGUGAUUGUCGCGUCCAUUUUUGGUCACAUGAACAUUGAUCAUUUUAUGUUCCAGGACGUGACUCAACUAAAGUACAAAUUCAAGAUCGAUGGCGUUGAUGAUGUAUUGGAGAGAACUGAUGGCCUCACAAUUCAGUCCAAUAACCAUACCUUUGGAAUUACGAAAAAAGCCCAGUACUUGGAAGAUUUGCGAGCUGCCUUUGGUGAUUUACCCACGCCACCUCGCGGUGCCUCUUACUCGGGAGAAAACAACACCGAAUACGAGAUCGAGAGAAUGAAAAGGAAAAAGCAUAAGAAAAGGCCUAAGAAGCCUGAUUCUUUGGAGAAAUUCUUGAACGCAAUAGGCGGUCCUUGGGGAGAGCGAUACAGCAUGUGUAUAGUCGGCCCUAGUGUGGUACCUAACUAUUUCCCCACGGUACGAGUUUAUCACUACAACAUCUCGGGUAUGGAAGAUGAUAGCCCCGCCUCUAGAGCCAUCGGAAUCCCUGCUCCUCAAUCCUUUUCUUCUUCAGACGAUGAACCGAGGGAAGAAGAAUUCUACACAGCAGAGAUUGAAGAUGAGGAUGAUGAGGUCCACGAUCUUAAGAAGAAGAAGAAGAAGGGCAAGCACCGCAAGCGGCCCCCAUUCCACGUUCCGAAGCCUCCUUCCAAAACAUCACUGCCUGGACCCGGAUAUUCUCCUCAACCACUUUCUCUCAUAUCUUGGAGACAAUAUUAUGCGAAUCUGACAGCAAUCAAUGAUGAAGUCCAUAACGAUGCUGCAGAUAUCGCGAAGCAGCACCACAAACACUUCAAGUUCCACACUGAAUACACUACAGAUAACGAUAGCAAUUACCGACUACAGGACUUAACUGUCCGUUCUUUCUUGGGUCUCGGAGAGAAAAUCUCCAGACCGAGCUUGAAGAGAUCCGAGCUCUUUGACGAAGAAAUCGUCGAUUCCGACGUCAAUGACAAGUCAACAAAUAUUGACUUUGUUGACGAAGCAGAGAUUGAUACGAAUAUUGACGACAGUCUUGGCUUGUUUGGAAAGGGCAAAAAGAAGGGCAAGAGUAAAAAGACCAAGAACCACCUUUGGCAUGUUUUUGUCAAAAGAGCCUAUGUGCAUACGAAGCCGGACGAAGACAUACAGAAACGCUUUGGUGACGAAUGA